UGAUUGGACACGAGGUAAACAGUCGAGGAAGUUUUGUUUCCUUGUUGUUGCCAUUGGUUCUGGACUAAAAAUGUCAACAAGAAGGCACGGGUUGUUCCAGUCGAUACUCUUCCUCCUCCUUUUCGGCAUCUUACUCGGGUUUGUUGCUGGAGAUCGACGCUUUCAGACACUGGAUCAUUUACAGGCGAAAGCCAGCGAUGGAACCCAAACCGGAGCUGUGCUCGAGCUGCUGAGGAGAUUGUUGGGGGAAACAUCGCGAGAUUUCAUCGUGUCUGUCAACAGCUCGGUUUCCCCAACUGGUCUGGACGUGUGCGAGCUCCGUUCAACGAAAAACGGCAAAGUCGUGGUGGUGGGAAGCAGCGGCGUGGCGGCGGCCGCCGGCGUUUAUUAUUACCUGAAGUACUACUGUAACUGCCACGUGUCGUGGUCUGGGGAUCAGCUGCGCGUGCCCCGACCUUUACCCCAUAUCACAGGUGUUUUGCGAAUCAGCACGCAGCACAGAUUCAGGUACUACCAGAACGUGUGCACUCAAAGCUACUCGACCGUGUGGUGGGACUGGCCACGAUGGCAACGAGAGAUCGACUGGAUGGCACUGAAUGGCAUCAAUCUGCCCCUGGCUUUCAACGGGCAGGAGGCAUUGUGGCAGGAGGUUUACACGUCUCUGGGUCUAAAACAGAAGGAGAUCGAUGACUUCUUUACGGGUCCAGGGUUCCUCGCUUGGAAUCGCAUGGGGAAUCUGUUUGAGUGGGAAGGCCCGCUGCCUCAGUCCUGGCACACCAAACAGCGCUCUCUACAGGUUCAAAUCUUAGAGCGGAUGAGGUCGCUGGGAAUGAUUCCUGUUCUGCCAGCCUUCUCUGGAAUCGUGCCUCGGGGAAUCACACGCUUGUUUCCUGAAGCCAACGUGACCAAGCUGGUGCCGUGGAGCCAUUUUAACUGCACGUAUUCUUGCGCAUAUGUGCUAGACCCACGUGACCCACUGUUCCAGAGCAUCGGCUCUUUGUUCCUGUCGCUGGUGGUUAAAGAGUUCGGGACAGACCACAUCUACAACACAGACACGUUUAAUGAGAUGACGCCUGCCUCCUCAGACCCAGCAUAUCUGACCUCAAUUAGUAGUGCAGUAUUCAGCACAAUGACCUCAGUGGACCCGCAGGCCAUUUGGCUGAUGCAGGGCUGGCUAUUCAUCAGCAGUCCAGAUUUCUGGAAACCACCACAGAUCCAGGCUCUUCUCCACGGUGUACCUCAGGGACGUAUGAUUGUCCUGGACCUCUUUGCAGAGUCCAUGCCUGCUUUUAACUUCACCAAUUCCUUCUAUGGUCAGCCUUUUAUCUGGUGCAUGCUUCAUAACUUUGGAGGAAACGGUGGCCUGUUUGGUGCAGUGGAGCGCAUUAACGCUGGUCCGUUCGAAGCCGCCAAGUUCCCUGGUUCCACUCUGGUGGGCUUGGGCAUUGCACCUGAGGGCAUCGAGCAAAAUCCAGUCAUCUACGAGCUGAUGGCAGAGCUGGCAUGGCACAACGAAGCAGUCAAUUUGACCAAAUGGGCGACACUGUAUGCCUUGCGCCGCUAUGGUACCACUAACGAGAGCCUGGCACUUGCCUGGCGUCUGCUAUUUGGGAGUGUGUACAAUUGUACCAUUCCUGGGUACAAGAACCACAACCGGAGUCCUAUGGUGCAUCGACCCUCUCUGAAGAUGCAUACUGAAAUUUGGUACACCCCAGGAGACCUCUAUGAGGCCUGGAAGCUGAUGUUGGGAGCGGCACCUUCGCUGAUCUCCGUUGAUACGUUCCGUUAUGAUUUGGUGGAUGUAACGCGUCAGGCUGUUCAGCUCUUGACAACACAGUUCUACGAAGAAAUACGAGAUGCGUUCCAGGCCCAGAAGCUUCAAGAACUCUUGACAGCUGGAGGUGUGCUCACUUACGACCUCUUACCCGAACUGGACGGCCUGCUUUCCAGUGAUGUACACUUCCUGUUAGGGGCGUGGCUUGAUCAAGCACGGUCGCUGGGAAUGGACGAACAAGAGGCGGAGCUGUACGAGCUGAACGCCAGGAACCAGAUCACGCUAUGGGGACCUGAUGGCAACAUUCUGGACUAUGCUAGCAAAGAGUGGGCGGGGCUAAUGGUGGAUUAUUACACGCAGCGCUGGAGGUUGUUUGUCAGCACUCUUGUGAAGUGUCUCGACAGCGGCCAACCUUUCAAGCAGGAUGCUUUCAACAAGGCUGUGUUCCAAAUCGAGAGAGGCUUCGUCUACAACCAGAAAAGAUACCCGUCCAAACCAAGUGGGGAUACGUACCACAUCGCUCUGAGGAUAUAUCUCAAAUACUACCCACAUGUUCUAAAGAGGUUAAAACCAUAAAAUAUGAAAACUGUGAAAACAAAAACUGUGCCACAGGAUGGAUAAUAUUUUUUUAAUGUAAUAUGAAAUAUUUUCUAUCUGCUAUUUUUUUAAUCUUGUCAUUUUCUUUAGAUUUUGCUGUACCAUUCCAGUCAAUUUUAUCAUUAAAGGUUUGAUUGUGCAUCUGUACAGUAAUUAAUCAGUCCUAGUAUGUAUUAUAAUUGUACAUUCAAGGACAUUAAAGAAAUUAUUCUA